CCAACGAUAUAUAUAGCGAGCCAGCAUUCCGAAGCAAUGAGUUCCCCGGCGAAGAAGACCAGCAGCGAAGCAACACAGCCGAAGUCGUCGUCUUCAGAAGAGCAGCAGGCAAAGGUAAAUGAGGUGCGGGGUGUCCUCGGCCCACUGAUGGAGGAGAUGCCAAGCUUCCUGUCAGACACAACCAUCCUCCGUUUCCUCCGAGCGAGGAACUGGAGCACGGAACAAGCGACCAAGGGUCUCAAGGAAACUGUCAAGUGGAGGCGCGAGUACAGGCCGGAAGCAAUUUCCUGGGAAGACAUUGCAGAAAACGAGGUCGAGGCCAAGAGAACACAUAUAGCCAACUACGUUGACAAGAAUGGAAGAAGCGUCCUCAUAUCAAACAUGGGUAUAAAGGCUAAAGUUUCUUUGAAGGACCAGAUAAAGCACAUGGUAUAUCUCUUAGAGCAUUUGGCCAUGAGCUCGGCAGAUGAAAAAGAUGACUGUGUUGUUUGGAUAACUGACGUCCGAGGCUGGUCAAUAGCAAGUACUCCAUUCUCCUCGUCCCGUGAAUGCAUGCACAUUAUCCAAACAUAUUACCCAGGGCUGAUAGCCGUGGCGAUUACUUUCGACCCUCCAAGUAUUUUUGAAUCUUUUUGGAAGAUAUCUAAGAGCUUCAUCGACCAAAACAUGAGAGAUAAAGUGAAGUUUGUAUAUGCUAGCAAACCAGAGAGCAUGAAGAUAAUGCAGGACCUCUUUGACAAGGAUACGCUGGAGUCUUCUUCGUUUGGUGGAACAAGCACCAGUACUGCAUUUGACAUCAACAAGUACGCCGAGAGAAUGAGAGCCGCCGACAAGAUGAGAGGAGCAUCCAAAAAUGCAAAUGCCUAAAACUGAUCUCCCUUACCAUAACUGAAUUCAAGUUCUUGUGAGCUGCGCCUACAUGCACACAUCCAAAACUGAAAAUUUGUACUUUCCAUCGCUACAAUUUGUACUUCUUUGUAGUGGUUUCAUUAUCUUUCUUUGUACUUCACGGAGUCUGCCUACUUCUCCGAACAUAAGUUGUGUCCUUCCCAUAUCAAUUAUGUGUACUUCACGGAGUCCGCGUACUUCUCCGAACAUAAG